UACCUUUGAUUUGCAAACCAAAAGCGGCUUUCAAAAUGUUAUUCAAACCCACCCACCCCCAUCUUCUGUGUUCCUUCAUCGCCCCGCUUCCAAUGACCACACACAAGCAUUGACUUAUAUCAACCGGGCGACAGUGCCGGAGCACCUUGGGAGCGGGGGAAAUGGGUGAGCAAAGCUACAGUAGGCUAGGCCGACGGUGGCGGACAAGGAGAGGUUUCCGACUCGGCGCAAACCGCUUCGCGGUUCCCCUUCUACGAGACAGGCUCUGUACUCUCUGGAGUCUCUUCAGCAGAUGCGUGCAUGUCGCAAAGAGAGGAUUCCGGCGAAAUGGUUCGCGAUGGCCGUCCAGCAACAGCGGAAGCCGGAGAGGCUUCGUGUCGGAGGGACGGCAUGGCGGUCAAAUCGAGUGUCGUCUAAGAUCAUGCGGUGGAUCGAACUCCUUCUACACCGAGGCGAUAGCUGAUUGCUUGGAGUUCAUAAAGAGGUCCUCCAUGUCAGCGAACGAGGUCUCCACCGUUCCCGGUCGUCAAGCGAGCUAAAAGUGCAAGUUGUAUAGCUUGCGGUAAGUGGACGCCGAUCGAUUGGCUCCUCACGAGUUCUAUUCCUCUGUUCCUCUCUUCCUUCAUUCCUCCUCUUAUCUUGCCUCCACUCAACCGCGUCAGAGAAGAGAAGGUCCUACGUUUGGUCUUAUUGUUUCCAUUAUCGUGUUGUAUAUAUGUGAGAGUCAGAUCAACAGAUACAAGUAAGUUUUGGGAUAUUCUCUCGUUUAUAGUUAACUGAACUUGAUUUCAGAGAUA